GCUGGGCCAAGGGUCAAACCCUGAGCCACAGCAAUGACAACACUGAAUCUUUAACUGCUAGGCCACCAGGAACUCCCACACUGUUUUGACUAUUGUAGCUUUGUGUAUUUUCCAGGUUUUCUCCUGUGAUUGAUUUCCACAGUGGUCAGAGAAGAUGUUUAUACUUAGGUCCACUGAAACUAGUUACCUAACACAUAGUCUCUCCUGGAAAGUGUGCUAUCUGCACUUGAGAAACAUGUGUAUUUUAUUGUUGGGUAAAGUGUUCUAUAAACACGUGUUAGAUCUAGUCAAUUUAUUAUGUUGCUCAAGUCUUCUAUUUCCUUAUCUUCUUUGUGGUUGUUUUUUCCAUUAUCCUGACUCGAGUAUUAAAGUCUGCACCUAUUAUUGUAGAACUAUUUCUCCCUCAGUUCUGUUAAUUUUUGCUUCAUAUAUUUUGAUAAUCAUUAUGUGCAUAAUUUUUAUAAUUGUUGUCUUCUUGCCAUAUUUGACAUUUUAUUAAUGUAUAAUGUCCAUGACUGUUGUAACCUAAACUUAAAAAAAUUUUUUUAAGUCUAUUUGGAGUUCCCAUGUGGUGUAUUGGGUUAAGGAUCCAGUGUUAUCACUGUUGCAGCUCAGGUCACUGCUAUAGAACUUCCACAUGCCAUGGAUGUGGCCAAAAAAAAGUCUAUUUUCUUUGAUAUUAAGUAGUUACUUCUGUUCUCUUUUGGUUAUUGUUUGCAUGAAAUAUCUCUUUCCAUUCUUCCACUUUCAAUCUACUUGGCUCUUUGGAUCUAAAGUGAGUCUUUCAUAGACAGUGUCUAGUUGGAUCACAUUUUUUCUUUAAUUCAUUUUGUCACUCUGUCUUUUUUCCCUGUUGUUACACUCGUGGUAUGCAGAAGUUCCCAGGCUAGGGAUCAAACCUAUGCCACAGCUGUAACCAGAGCCAUAGCAGUGACAACACCGGAUCCUUAACCCACUGAACCAUGAGGGAAUAUGUCUAUUGACUGGAGAGUUUAAACCAUUAGUUGUUAUUGAUAAGGAGGGACUCCUGUCAUUUUGCUAUUUGUUUUCUAUAUGCCUUAUAGCUUUUUCACCCUUCAUUUCUUGCAUUACUGUAUUCUUUUGGGUUCUAUUUUUUUUUAAUCAUUUCCCUUCCUUUCUCAUUUGUUAACCAUUUCAGUUCCUUUCUCAUUUCCUUUUUUUUUUUUUGUAUAUCUGCUAGCUACUCUCUUCAAACUACCUUUUUUUCAGUUCUUUAUUUCAAUAAUUAUACUUUUCAUACCCAGUACUUUCCCUUUAUAACUUUUUAUUCUUCCUUCAUGUUUUCAAUAUUAUCCCUUAUCACUUUGAGGCUCUUUAUUAUGUUUAUUUAAAAUUUUUGUUCUUGACAUUUCUUUGCAUCUUCUUUUUUUAUUUUUUAGGGCCACAUCAAUAGCAUAUGGAAAUUUCCAGGUUAGGGGCUGAAUUGGAACUGCAGCUGCUGGCCUGUGCCACAGCCACAGCAACUCAGAAUCAAAACUGCAUCUGUGACUUACACCAUAGCUCAUGGCAACGCUGGAUCCUUAAUCCACUGAGCAAGGCCAGGGAUCGAACUUACAUCCUCAUAGAUACUAGUUUGGUUCACAACAUGCUGAGCCACAAUGGGAACUCCUCUUUAUAUCUUAUUCUAUUGUUUAGUCAACGUAUUUAAUUUCUUCAAUAUUGUUUAUCUCCUUAAAUGUCUAAUCUUUACUCAAGUUUGUAUUCCUCUGGAAAUAUCAGCUUUAUUGGCUAAGUAAUUUUACCACGGAGAAAGGCAAAAGGCCAGGUAUUGGUCAUCUUUUUCUACCUCAGAGAGAACUCCUUGAAAAUGAAAUCAGUAUGGAAGAAAAAGCAAAGCUUAACAAUGAAAAGAAACAGAGCUGUGAUGACAUCAUUUGCAUGGUUUCCAGUUCUACCUGACUUCAAUUUCAUAGUUAAGUAAUCUGUUUGCUUAAGCUAGUUUGACUCAACUUCUGUCACUGAUUUAAUAGCCUUCACUAAUUCAGCUGCCUUCAUCAUAUACUAAAUUCCUUUAUGUAUCUGGUCCAGUGAGCUAUCUAUACCUAUAUAAAUGUUAUAUUUCAAAUUUCAUUGCUUUAUAUACGAGUUCUAGUCUUUUUUUAACCUUCAGUUUUCUAUGGACUUAUUUUCAUUAGUGGAAUAAGUAUAUGUAUUUUAGUCAGGGUUCUUCAGAGAACCAAGAGGAGGAGAUUAUACAUAUAUAGAAGCAAUGCCGAGUAGUUAUGCUGCAAGCCACACGUGAGGUCCAAGAUUAUACAUACAUAAAUUUGAGGGUAUAAUUUUGAUUAAAGAAGCAAAAUAUAAGAGUUCCCAUUGUGGCUCAGUAUUAAUAAACAUGACUAGUAGUAUCCAUGAGGAUGUGGGUUUGAUCCCUGGCCCCGCUCAGUGGUAUAAAGAUCCAGCAUUGACAUGAGCUGUGGUGUAGGUUGCAGACAUGGCUCAGAUCUGGUGUUGCUGGGACUGUGGUGUAGGCUGGCAGCUGCAGCUCUGAUUCAACCCCUAGCCUGGGAACUUCGCCAUGUGCUGUGGGUACAACCCCCCAGCCAAAAAAAAAGAAAAAAAAAAAGACAAAGACAAAAUAAAAGGCAAAAUAUAGCUUCUACAUAUUUGGAUGAAAACCAACUAAUAUUAAAACUAUGUUGGAGUUCCCGUCGUGGCUCAGUGGUUAACAAAUCCGACUAGGAACCAUGAGGUUGUGGGUUCCAUCCCUGGCUUUGCUCAGUGGUUAAGAAUCCGGUGUUGCCAUGAGCUGUGGUGUAGGUUGCAGAUGUGGCUUGGAUCCUGCAUUGCUAUGGCUCUGAUGUAGGCCGGUGGCGGCUGCAGCUCCAAUUUGACCCCUAGCCUGGGAACCUUCAUGUGCCAAGGAAGCAGCCCAAGAAAUGGCACAAAAGACAACAACCCCCCCCCAAAAAAAAACUAUGUAUAAGGAAGAACCAAGCAGACACUAAUAUAAAGUACUAAAACAAGAUGGGUGUAAAAGCAUAAGUCUACUUGGGGAAAGAAAGUGGGUAGUCAAAGAGUUGAUACAGGCUUCUUCAAGGGACAUACUGGUAGAAACUCAGAGUCAAAUAAGAGAAUGAGAGGUUCCCUGGUGGCCUAGUAAUUAAGGACUCAGCAUUGUCACUGCUGUGGCUCGGGUUUGAUCCCUGAUCUGGGAACUUCCACAUGCCAUGUGCUCAGGCAUUAAAAAAAAAAAAAAAAAAAAAAAAAAAAGCAGUAGGCUCCACUCGCCAUGCUGACUGUCAGCGUGAAGCGCGAUGUGCUCUUCCGAGCUCUGGGCCGGAUCUACACCAAUGAAGAAUUUGAUGAACUAUGUUUUGAAUUUGGUCUGGAACUCGAUGAAAUUACUUCUGAGAAGGAAUUUAUAAGUAAGGAACAAGGUAAUGAAAAGGCACAGGGGGCCUCUGAUGUUGUUCUCUACAAAAUUGACGUCCCUCCCAACAGAUAUGAUCUCCUUUGUCUGGAAGGAUUGGUUCGAGGACUUCAAGUCUUCAAAGAAAGGAUAAAGGCUCCAGUGUAUAAACGGGUAAUGCCCAAUGGAGAAAUCCAGAAAUUAAUCAUCACAGAAGAGACAGCUAAAAUACGCCCGUAUGCUGUUGCAGCGGUUCUACGAAACAUGAAGUUUACUAAAGAUAGGUAUGACAGCUUCAUUGAACUUCAGGAGAAAUUACAUCAGAACAUCUGCAGGAAAAGAGCACUUGUUGCUAUUGGUACCCAUGAUUUGGAUACUUUGUCAGGCCCAUUUACUUACACUGCAAAGAAGCCUGCAGACAUCAAAUUCAAACCUCUAAAUAAGAGCAAGGAGUAUACAGCCUGUGAAUUGAUGAACAUAUACAAGACUGACAAUCAACUUAAACAUUAUUUACAUAUAAGAAAACCUCUGUAUCCAGUUAUCUAUGACAGCAAUGGUGUAGUCCUUUCCAUGCCUCCAAUCAUCAAUGGAAAUCAUUCCAAAAUAACAGUGAAUACUAGAAAUGUAUUUAUUGAAUGCACAGGAACUGACUUUACUAAGGCAAAAAUAGUUCUUGAUACUAUUGUCACCAUGUUCAGUGAAUAUUGUGAUAAUCAGUUUACGGUUGAAGCAGCUGAGGUAGUUUUUCCUAAUGGAAAAUUACAUACCUUUCCAGAACUGGCUUACCGAAAGGAGAUAGUGAGAGCUGAUCUAAUUAACAAAAAAAUUGGAAUCAGAGAAACUCCAGAAAAUCUUGCCAAGAUCCUUCUGACCAGGAUGUGUUUAAAGUCAAAGUCAGAAGUCAUAGGCAAUGGGCAUCAGAUUGAGAUUGAGGUCCCUCCGACCAGAGCUGACAUUAUCCAUGCCUGUGAUAUCAUAGAAGAUGCAGCUAUUGCUUAUGGAUAUAACAACAUUCAGAUGACUCUCCCAAAAACAUACACCAUAGCUAAUCAAUUCCCCCUAAAUAAGUUCACAGAACUCCUGAGACAUGACAUGGCAGCUGCUGGAUUCACUGAAGCACUUACCUUUGCCCUGUGCUCUCAAGAAGAUAUUGCUGAUAAACUGGGUUUGGAUAUCUCUGCAACAAAGGCAGUCCACAUAAGUAAUCCUAAAACAGCUGAAUUUCAGGUGGCACACACUACCCUUCUUCCUGGCCUCCUAAAAACCAUAGCUGCAAAUCGGAAGAUGCCCCUUCCUCUAAAACUGUUUGAAAUCUCUGACGUUGUAAUAAAAGAUUCUAGCAGAGAUGUAGGUGCAAGAAACUACAGGCAUCUCUGUGCUGUUUAUUACAACAAGAAUCCUGGGUUUGAGAUAAUCCAUGGGCUCCUGGACAGAAUCAUGCAGCUAUUUGCUGUGCCUCCUGGUGAAAAGGGAGGAUAUGUGAUCAAAGCAUCAGAAGGCCCUGCGUUCUUCCCUGGCCGCUGCGCUGAGAUCUUUGCCCGGGGUCAGAGCAUCGGGAAGCUGGGGGUCCUUCAUCCUGAUGUGAUCACUAAAUUUGAGCUGACUCUGCCCUGCUCCUGCUUGGAAACCAAUAUCGAGCCGUUCUUGUGAAGAUGGGUCUCUGUUGUGUGGUUAUCACCCCUCGGGCCCCUCUCUCCUUCCCAGUGCCCUUUUAGUUGUCCCCAGAUGAAUGUCCACUUGUGUUUGUGCAUUAAUGUUGAAUAAAAUACAGAGAAGUGUCAAAAAAAAA